AUGCAGGCUGCACAGCAGUCCUGGGAGCUCGAGAACGCCAUCAGCGUAUUUGAUCCUCAACGCGAUGCACUUUAUCAAUAUGAUGAAGCUAUACAAAAGCAAUUGAACGCUGAAAGGCCAUGGGCUUCAGAUCCAUAUUACUUCAAAGCAGUCCGCAUCUCUGCGACAGCUCUUUUGAAGAUGGUUAUGCAUGCCCGCUCUGGUGGAUCACUGGAAAUCAUGGGGUUGAUGCAAGGCUACAUUUUGCCACACACCUUCGUCGUAACCGAUGCAUUCCGACUACCGGUUGAGGGAACCGAGACCCGAGUGAACGCCCAAGACGAAGCCAAUGAAUACAUGGUGUCCUAUCUACAAUCGUGCCGAGACGCAGGACGGAUGGAAAAUGCUGUUGGCUGGUACCACAGCCAUCCCGGCUAUGGGUGUUGGCUCUCUGGUAUUGACGUUGCGACUCAACAGACCCAACAAAUGACCGGUCCGUUUGUGGCCGUUGUGAUUGAUCCAGAGCGAACGAUCUCAGCUGGCCGGGUAGAGAUCGGUGCAUUCCGCACGUUUCCCCAAGACUUUACACCGUCGAAAGAGGCGCAAGAAGACGACGAUUACCAGACCAUUCCCCUCGGCAAGGCGGAGGAUUUUGGGGCGCACGCCAAUCAGUACUACUCACUUGAGACGACACAUUACAAAAGCACACUUGAUACCGAGAUACUAUCCUUGCUCUGGAACAAGUACUGGGUUGCGACGCUGAGUCAGAGCCCUCUCUUUAUGUCACGAGACUAUGGCAGCAAGCAGAUUAUGGAUCUCAGUCAAAAGAUGCGCAAAGCGACCCGGGUCAUUGAAUCCAGCGGACCACGCGGCGGGUCGGCGGCAGCAAAGGAUCAGCAAUUGGAAAAAGUUGUUCGCGGAGGCCAGCGCAUUGUUUCAGAAGAAGUCAAGGGGCUCCUGGCCUCUGAGGUCAAACUCAAGCUUUUCCAGGGUGUCGCAGCCCAACCAUCCUCACAAGCUUGA